AAUUUUCAAAUUGAUUAUAGGAUCAAUUAAAUACUAUAUUAAAAUUCAAAGGCAGGGGGCAUCUAUAAAUAUAAGCAAACCCAGAGAAGAUAUCUAUCUUCUCCAAACCAUUGCACAUCCACACAUAUAUAUAUGGUCUAUUAUUAGAGUACAUAAUUAGGUAGAUAUGAGUUCUCCGUGUACAGUUCAGGGUAAGACUGCUUGGCCAGAACUAUUGGGGCAAAAUGUGGAGAAAGCAGUGAGUAUAAUAGAGAAAGAGAACCCAACUCUUCGUCCCGUCGUGUUAAACAUUUCUCAGAAUGUUCCAGAUCCAGAUCCUGUGGACUGUACCCGUGUUCUCGUAUUUAUUAAUGAUAACAACCAGGUUGCUCUCGUACCUAUUGUUCGCUAACGUUCUGAUCUAAUUCAAUCUCUGUCCUCGGAGCAGCAAUAUUACUGCUUCGGAUUAGCUAUUGUACUACUCAAGUAUAUGGGACUUUGUUGUAUUGUAUUGUAAUGUCUCCUUCAUGCCUA